AUGAAUUUUAACACCGUCUUCAGUGUGGCCGGGGCCAUACUUCUCAACAUAGCAGCCAGCCUUGGUCAAUUGGAUGUAUGUGGCCAAGCCACCCCCCAAAACACCAAGAUUAUUGGAGGGCAAAAUGCGACGGCAGGGUCUUGGCCUUGGCAAGCCAGCAUUCAGCGUGUGUCCUUUGGAGGCUAUUUAUGCAGUGGGACUCUAAUCAAUAAAGAAUGGGUUCUGUCUGCAGCUGACUGCUUCAGAAACAACCCCAUAUCUGACUUGGUGGUCUACUUGGGACGUCUAACCCAAAAUGGCUUAAACCCACAUGAGACAAACAGGACAGUGAUUAAAGUCAUCACACAUCCUGAAUAUGAUAAUCUUGACCACAAACUAGCACUGCUCCAGCUGUCUUCACCUGUGACUUUCUCUGAUUACAUUAAGCCAGUCUGUCUGGCUGCUGCUGGUAGUAUAUUUGUUGAUGGUACGGAGAGUUGGGUCACCGGAUGGGGCGUGAUCAAUGAAGAAAAUUUCAAGUUUUCUGACAUACUGCAGGAACUGAAGAGCGCUGUUGUGAACAACUUUAAAUGUAAUGUUGCCCAUAGAGGCAUCAUUACAGACAACUUGAUAUGUGCUGGAUUUUUAAAUGAGAGUGGCAAAGGCCCAUGUAUGGGAGACGGUGGAAGUCCACUGGUCAGUAAGCAGGGCUCCAAGUGGAUUCAGUCUGGAAUUACGGUGUACUCCAUAGGAUGUGGUCAACCUGAAUAUCCUACUGUAUACAUCAGAGUGUCUGAAUAUCAGGACUGGAUCAGCAAUUACACCAACAGCAGCAUGCCUGGAUUUGUCCCAUUCCCCCUGAUUCUUUCUGUCGGAGAUGGAGACUCGAUCAACCUCCUCCCAUUUUCUGUUGCUCUCGCAUUUUCCAUCAUCCCUCUCAUCUUCUUACACUUUUAA